AUGGCUUCUUUCAGGAUCUCUGAGCCACUGAGCGUCGAAGAGAUUGUCCAUCAAGCUGGCAACUUCGACUACAACCAAAUGGUCCCGCUCCGCUACUGGCUGCGCAGCGCCGACACCAUCCAGAAAGAGGCCCGCAUCUACGAGCGCGAAGGCAAUGACCAACAGGCCUACCUCCUCCUCUUUCGCCAUGCCACGCUCAUCCUGGAGAAGCUUCAGAAGCACCCUGAAGCUAAAGACCCCGCCAACAAGCAAGCUCUACAGGAGGCGAGAAAGAUAGUCAAUCGGAAUCUACCCAAGCUGGAGGAGCUGAAGCCAAGGAUAAACAAGCGCCACCAAAGAUUCCAGGAGAUCAAGAAAGAUGCCGAAAGGAAAAGGGCCGCUGCUCAGAGACAGACUGUGGCUAGCCCCACGCAGAUGGCCCGUGAUUUGGACCACCUCGUCCUGCACUCGAGAAAAUCGUCAGACCCUGCUUUGUUUGGACGCAAGCAGGCUCUCGAUGCUGGAGAGAACCGCGACCUUGCUGUCAAAAUUGCCCAAAAGGAGAUCCGCCGGAGAGACCUGGCUAAGAGGAAGGUCCGCCAGGCCGGCGUGUCCGACGAGGAGGAGGCAGAGCGCCGCACAGGUGGCAUGUGGAACAACUGGGAGGAUGACUUGGCCAGCGAUGGCGCUAAAGAAGAGCCCGACGACCUCAGUCAAUUGAUCACCCAAGUCGGUCGCCGUGGACAAGAGGCCGUCGCACGGCGAAGAGGCUCUGUUGACCCAGAGCCCUCGUCGCCCCAUACCGCCGCAUACCACUAUCCUCACGUGCCACAGAAAAGCAAUUACGAGCCUUACGCCGACUCAGGCAUGCGACCUUUGACGCCAACUUCUGUGCGCGCUCCACCACUACCAGAAAAGGCCCCUCUGCGCUCUCCCGUGUCGCCCCCGAGCAUCCCACGCAAGAUUGCGAUAGACCAGGAAGGUGUUGCGCCUCCCCCACUCCCAGGAAAGUAUCUGGACUCCGACGUGUCCAGUGCGCCGUCUCGUUCCGCAUCUGCGACCCCACCACCGCCCCAAGAACUGGACUCGGGAGACUACACUUUCAAGCCGACGGCCUUUCUUGAGAAUGGCACCCCUUUGCGGACCGUUUUCAUUCCGCCAACACUCCGUACGGAAUUUUUACGCGUGGCGUCGCCGAACACCAGGAAGAAUCUGGAAACUUGCGGAAUACUCUGCGGUACCCUGAUUUCGAACGCCCUCUUCAUCUCGAGGCUUCUUAUUCCGGACCAGGAAAGCACAUCAGAUACCUGUGAAACGAUAAAUGAGUCGGCAAUAUUUGACUACUGCGACUCCGAGGACCUUAUGGUUCUCGGCUGGAUACACACUCACCCAACUCAGACUUCUAUCGUCUGUGCGCCUAGCAAAGAUCCUUCAUGGGGUAUAUUCCGUCUUACGGAUCCACCGGGUCUGAAGGCUAUUCUGAACUGCAACGCACCCGGCAUCUUCCAUCCUCACGCGGAAACGAACAUUUACACCGACGCAAAGAGGCCUGGUCAUGUAUUUGAGGCACCGGGGCUGGACUUUCAGGUUGUGGACUUGAGACCGGGGCAUUGA